AUGUCACCUGUCGAAGAACAACAAGGCGAUAAACCCAUCCAACCUAAAAUUGGUAUAAUAUAUCCUCCACCUGAAGUAAGGAAUAUCGUCGAUAAAACGGCGAGUUUUGUAGCACGUAAUGGUCCAGACUUUGAAUCUCGUAUUCGUCAAAAUGAGAUCAGUAAUCCAAAGUUCAAUUUUCUGAAUCCAGCUGAUCCAUACCACGCGUAUUAUCAACACAAAGUUCGAGAGUUUGCUGAAGGGAGAACACCAGAACCUGCUGCUCUAAAAUUAACCAUUCCCAGUGCUGCUCGUCUUGCUCAGGAUACUCCAAAAUCGAUUCAAGAAACAUUUACACCCAAGGAUCCACCAGCUGAAUUUGAAUUUGUUUAUGAUCCACCUUCCAUUAACGCAGUUGAUAUUGACAUAAUAAAACUUACAGCACAAUUUGUUGCAAGAAAUGGUCGACAAUUUUUAACUCAGUUAAUGAAUCGAGAACAGAGAAAUUAUCAGUUUGACUUUCUCCGUGCUCAGCACAGUAUGUUUGGUUAUUUUACAAAACUUGUGGAACAAUACACUAAAAUCUUAAUACCACCUAAAGACGUUGUUUCGAAAUUGGAGGACGAGUUAGAGAAACCGAAACAGCUGCUUGACGAUGUAAAAUAUAGGGUUGAGUGGCAUAAGUAUCAAGAACGUCAGCGUAAGCGUGAGGAGGAGGCUGCAGAACGUGAACGUGUGGCGUAUGCAAUGAUUGAUUGGCAUGAUUUCGUAGUUGUUGAAACAGUUGACUUUCAACCAAACGAAGCAGGCAAUUUCCCUUUACCGACUACUCCUGAUGAAGUUGGAGCACGCUUACUAGCUGAAGAACGUGGUCUUCAGCCUCCUUCAAAGCCGUCAGCCCCUCCACCCCCUGGUUCACUUGGAUUAAUGCCAACUGAUAUAGAUGGAGAUGAUACAAGUGACCAAGAAUUAGAUGAAUCAGAAGAUGAAAAUGAAGCUUCUGGGCUUUCUCAACCUAAAGGCCAGGGUCUGAUCAAUCAUAGCCCUCUACCAUAUCUUGAUGAGACAGAAAAUCGGGUUACUGAUGAUAUCCCAACCCCACCUGCUGCUAAUAUGACUGAUAUAGCUGGAGAAGAUGAUAUGGAGUUAUCAGAUGAUGAGAAUAUUGCUGAAGAACUCACUCAGCAAAACAAAGUAUCAGCAAAACAGGUACCAUUAUCUUCUGAUCAAGUCAUUAUUCGACAUAACUACGACCCAAAAGCUACAAAUAUUAGAAGAGCAGAGGAUUCUGUGCUUUUAGUAUCACCUUUCACUGGCGAGAAGAUUCCUGCUAACCAAGCUCCAAAACAUAUUAAGGUUGGGCUACUCGAUCCUAAGUGGGUCGAACAGCGUGAUCGAGAGAUUCGCGAGAAACGUGAACAAGAACAAGUUUAUGCUGCGGGAAAUCUGAUUGAUAGUAGCUUAAAGCAGCUUGCUGAGCGUCGCACAGACAUUUUCGGUGUAGGAGUUGAUGAAAUUCAGAUUGGCAAGAAAUUAGGAGAACAGGAAAUAGUCAAGUCUGAUAAGCUAGUUUGGGAUGGUUACUCUGUUACUACAGAUGUUGUUGCCAAAAGAAACUUAGAAGCAGUUACUGUUAAAGAUAAGCUAGAUUUAUUAGAGUUCCAACAGAAAUUGGAUUCUGCUCGCGAUAAGAUUGGUCCUCAAAGUGGGGUGCUCCCUGCUCUAGGCAUUAUCCCUCCGGUACUGCACAAGCCAACAAUCUUGUUGCCACCACCAAUGCAAGGUGGAGUUACACAACCUCCACCGCCCCCACCCCCUCCCGGCCUUGUAAUGCUUUCCAGUGCGCCACCACCAUUACCACCAGGUAUAUUUCCUCCCGGAAUGCCACCUCCACCCGGCAUAGCUAUACCGAGUUUCAUGCCUCCACAUCCACCUAUCCCACCACCACCACUUCCACCUCCAACACCUGCUAAUGAUGGAGAACCGGAAGCAAAAAGACCGAGAGAAUAG